AUGGCAUUCUACGGCUGGCCCAUAUCCCAAUGCCAGUCCCUCUCGACACCCUUGGACGUGCAGCUACACUCCGGUAUUCGCGUGCUGGACGUCCGACUGUCCGUCAUCGACGGCCGCCUCCUUGCAUAUCACGGCAUCUACCCCCAACGCAGCUCGUUCCAGGACAUCCUACGCGCCGUCCACGACUUCCUUGCAUCUCCGCUAAGCUCUCGCGAAACGAUCGUCAUGUCCAUCAAGCAAGAGGACUUCACGCGGACCCCAUUGCCGUAUUUCUCCCAGUGCGUACACGACGAAGUCAUGGGUGGGCCUGGCGGACGGGACAUGUGGUUCCUCGAGAACAGGAUACCCAGAUUGGGAGAGGUCCGGGGCAAGGUUGUCAUGCUCAGCCGGUUCGGGGGGGACGGCACGGGGUGGGAGAACGGGUUGGAGGGGCUAGGCAUCCACCCCACUGCGUGGCCCGAUAGCGAGAGGAACGGCUUCACCUGGACGCUGAAGGGGACGCUUGUACGGACGCACGACUGGUACAGCAUACCAUCCUUCCUUUCGAUACCCGAGAAGGCACAGCUCUCAACGGAGAUCCUGGUCCUCCCUCCCGGCGAGCAGCCCUUCCCGAUCCUCAACAUCUCUUUCUUCUCCGCGUCGUCUGUCCCGCUCGCCUUCCCGCCGACAAUUGCCAAGGGCUUCGGUUGGCCAAAUUGGGGCUUUGGCGUCGAAGGCGUCAACGGCAGGGUAGGGAGGUGGCUUCUAGACAAGCUGAGCGGCGACCAGGUGCACAACAGGCGCACGGAGAAGGGAGAGCCGCUAAACUUAGCGGGGCUGGGUGGCGGGGAUGUCAGGAUCCGCGGCUGGACGUUGAUGGAUUUCUACAGGGAGCCUGAGGAUGGCGUCGUGCCCCUGCUCGUCGAGUGCAAUUUCAGGGGCAGGAACAAGGGCGAGGAAGGGUGGGAAUGA